ACUCCCCUCCAACAUCUCCGCACAGCAACAAUGUACGACAGAAAUCCCCAAGGCAAUCGGUCUAAUCAUCCAGAAAUAUAAUGUCAUACUACAACGCUCUCAUACGCACUCAUCACAUCACCUCUCGAAAAAAGGUCUCCGCCCUAAAACGCGCCGCCGACUCUCUUAACGUUUUUGCUCUCCUCCGCUCCGGCGGCUGCCCGGGAAUAAUGUACAUCGAGGCAAAGGACAAGGACGCUGUCGAGUCGUGGGUUAGCGUGGUUCGAAAUCUGCGGUAUAAGGACUUUCAGCUUGUGAGUCGGCCGGCUUGCGUGGUAAUUGAGGAGGAUUUUAUGAAGGUGGAGGGGAAACAGAAGAACGAUGCCCAAAGAAGAGGAAAGGCGUUCUUAGAUGCUGGGCUGGAGGAGGUGGAGAGUGUCAAAGAGUUUGGGGACUUGAUGGCGCAGAGGGGGGUUUGGCAGUGGUGGAGGAAGAGGAUGGGGUAUGUUCGCGGAGAUUGAGCCAGAUUCUUUUGUCUGUACGCCGUCAAU